AUGGCCCAGCUCUGCUCUAUUCUAACAUUAUGUCUAAUCUUUCUUGUUCCUUUCUUCCUUUCUUCUUCUUUUGCAGGUGUUCCUCCUUCGGCUCCUGUCUCAGCAGGAACAAUUUGCAAGUCCACUCCAAACCCAUCUUAUUGCAGAGCUGUGCUCCCUAACCACACCACCAAUGUCUACAACUACGGUCGAUUCUCUAUCCGCAAAUCUCUAUCACAGUCCCGAAAAUUCCUCAAGCUAGUGGAGAAGUAUUUAAGAAAAUACCAACCCUCGUUACCAACAUCCGCAAUUCAUGCUUUGCAAGAUUGCCGCUUCUUAACUGUUCUAAACAUUGAUUUCCUUUUGAGCUCAUUUAAAACUGUCAAUGGCAGUAGUACAACUCUGUCCCUGGUAGAAGCUGAUGACAUGCAAACCUUCCUUAGCGCUAUUCUAACUAACCAGCAGACCUGUUUAGACAGCAUACAAUCGACUGCCUCAACUUGGAGUAUAAGGAACGGCCUUUCAGUUCCUCUGUCAAAUGACACAAAGCUUUAUAGUGUUUCUCUAGCACUUUUCACUAAAGGAUGGGUUCCUAAGAAGAAGAGGAAGGCCACAUGGAAGCCUAGAAACAAACAACGAGGUUUCAAACGUGGACGUUUGCAUCUAAAAAUGUCUAGUCGAACACGCUCAAUUUAUGAGACUGUAAGCAGAAGAAAGCUUCUUCAAACGACUGACAGCACUGAUGAAGAGGUAUUGGUGAGUGACAUUGUGACAGUGUUUCAAGACGGUAGUGGUAAUUUUACUACCAUUGAUGAUGCUAUAACUGCAGCUCCCAACAACACCAAUGGUGUAAAUGGUUACUUCUUGAUUUACAUCUCUGGUGGUGUAUAUCAAGAGUACAUUUCCAUCGCUACGAACAAAAAAUACUUGAUGAUGAUUGGUGAUGGUAUCAAUCAGACAAUUAUCACUGGAAAUCGUAACGUAGUUGAUGGGUGGACAACAUUUAACUCUGCAACUUUUGCUGUGGUGGCUCCAAAUUUUAUUGCGGUAAACAUAACUUUUCAAAACACGGCUGGAGCAAUCAAGUAUCAAGCCGUUGCAGUUCGAAAUGGGGCUGACUUGUCAGUAUUCUAUAGCUGCAGUUUCGAAGGAUACCAAGAUACUCUAUAUACUCAUUCCUUAAGACAGUUUUAUAGAGAAUGUGAUAUAUAUGGUACUGUUGAUUUCAUAUUUGGAAAUGCUGCCGUUGUUUUUCAGAACUGCAACAUAUAUCCUCGACGACCGAUGAAUGGGCAAUUCAAUGCCAUCACUGCACAGGGUCGGACAGAUCCAAACCAAAACACAGGCACAUCAAUUCAUGAUUGCAACAUCAUGGCUGCUGAUGAUUUGGCCUCUAGCAAUACCACUUUCAAAACAUAUUUAGGGAGACCAUGGAAGGAGUACUCAAGGACUGUAUACAUGCAGAAUUUCAUGGACAGUUUAAUAAACCCUGCUGGUUGGAAAGAAUGGAAUGGAGAUUUUGCCUUGAAUACGUCAUACUAUGCUGAAUAUAACAACAAUGGACCCGGUUCUAACACUUCCAAUAGGAUCACUUGGUCUGGUUACCAUGUAAUAAAUGCAGCCGAUGCUACUAACUUUACUGUGUCUAGCUUUUUGCUGGGAGACGAUUGGUUAUUAGAUACAGGUGUCCCUUACAAUGCAAGCUUAAUAUAGGCAACUAAUUAAUUCAUGAGUCAAACGUUAAUUCAUUUUUUUUCUCUUUUGGUCAUUGUUUUAUGAUGUAAUAAUUAAGCAUGAAUAACUAAAUACUCAAAGUGUUUAGCUUGUUAGCAA